AUGGAAGGAGGUGAAACUUUUCUUUAUCCGGGUACAUACUCAUUCCAAGGCGAAUUGAAAAAUAAAAGUCUUGAUUACCUUCUUGCUCUGCUAAACCUGAGCGAUGCCAAAGACUUUCUGGACUUCUAUGACUAUGACUUCCAUUCCAUCGCACACGAUCUAUCACCCACAGCUGAUAUCAUCUUAAUCACCUGCUACACCAUUAUCUUCGUGCUUGCAUUGGGCGGGAAUCUUCUGGUGAUCUUCGUGGUGGCGCGAAAGAAGUACAUGCAGACAGCCAUCAAUAUCUUCUUUGCUUCGUUAGCCAUAUCUGAUCUUCUAAUCGCUGUAUUCUGCGUCCCUUUCACGCUAAUUGAAGCCAUCACCGUGGAUUGGGUGCUAGGAUCAUUCAUGUGUAAGGCUCUCAACUUUGUCACAUCUGUUGGGGUUGUCUCAAGUAUCCUUGCCAUGAUGUCCAUUGCGGUAGAGCGCCACCAAGCGAUCUGCCAUCCUUUGCGCUCCAGAGUCAUACAGACACCUCGUCGUGCUGUCUUUUUGCUGACCUUCCUCUGGAUCAUGUCAAUGACCUUUGUCUCGCCAUUUCUCUUCGUACUUCAACUCGAAAUCAAGUUCGACCCCAUGACUGCGACACGGUACCGAUUCUGCAGAGAACAGUGGUACAACCCCCAACAGCAGAAGAACUACACUCUGCUACUUGUCCUCCUGCUCUACGUAUCACCCUUAGUUAUCAUGAUAGUUCUUUAUCUACAGGUUGUCCACAAACUCUGGAUCCGGAAGCCGAUCGCUCCUGCUGAUUCAGUCCUGACGCAGAACCCAGGAAUCAACACGGCUACAUCCCUUCGGUACAAGAAACGAGCCAUCAAGAUGAUCCUCAUGGUGGUCGGUCUCUUCACUGUCUGUUGGCUUCCAUAUCACGUCGUCCUUCUAAUGCGGGAGUUCUCCUUCAUGGCGGACGGUGAAAGGAACCGACUUCUGUUCGCCGCUGUUCAGUUGGUGGGUCUAAGCAAUAGCUGCAACAACCCCAUCGUGUAUGCGUUUCUCAAUGACAAUUUCAAGAGAAAUUUCGCAAAAGUACUUUGUCGUCGUCGAAAAUUUGCCAUUUUCAAAGGUUCAACAAACAAUAACGUCCAUGUCAAACCAUUUGCGUUGGCCACCAUAUAACUGAAUGAAGU